GGGGGCGUGAAGGGAGCCGGGAUCAGCCAGGGGCCAGCAUGAGCCGGAGGGAGGGAAGUCUGGAAGACCCCCAGACUGAUUCCUCAGUCUCACUUCUUCCCCACUUGGAGGCCAAGAUCCGUCAGACACACAGCCUUGCGCACCUCCUCACCAAAUACGCUGAGCAGCUGCUCCAGGAAUAUGUGCAGCUCCAGGGAGACCCCUUCGGGCUGCCCAGCUUCUCGCCGCCGCGGCUGCCGGUGGCCGGCCUGAGCGCCCCAGCUCCGAGCCACGCGGGGCUGCCAGUGCACGAGCGGCUGCGGCUGGACGCGGCGGCGCUGGCCGCGCUGCCCCCGCUGCUGGACGCAGUGUGUCGCCGCCAGGCCGAGCUGAACCCGCGCGCGCCGCGCCUGCUGCGCCGCCUGGAGGACGCGGCGCGCCAGGCCCGGGCCCUGGGCGCCGCCGUGGAAGCGUUGCUGGCGGCGCUGGGCGCCGCCAACCGCGGGCCCCGGGCCGAGCCCCCCGCCCCCACCGCCUCUGCCGCCUCCGCAACCGGGGUCUUCCCCGCCAAGGUGCUGGGGCUCCGCGUUUGCGGCCUCUACCGCGAGUGGCUGAGCCGCACCGAGGGCGACCUGGGCCAGCUACUGCCCGGGGGCUCGGCCUGAGCGCCGCGGGGCAGCUCGCCCCGCCUCCUCCCGCUGGGUUCCGUCUCUCCUUCCGCUUCUUUGUCUUUCUCUGCCGCUGUCGGUGUCUGUCUGUCUGCUCUUAGCUGUCUCCAUUGCCUCGGCCUUCUUUGCUUUUUGUGGGGGAGAGGGGAGGGGACGGGCAGGGUCUCUGUCGCCCAGGCUGGGGUGCAGUGGCGCGAUCCCAGCACUGCAGCCUCAACCUCCUGGGCUCAAGCCAUCCUUCUGCCUCAGCUUCCCCAGCGGCUGGGACUACAGGCACGCGCCACCACAGCCGGCUAAUUUUUUAUUUAAUUUUUUGUAGAGACGAGGUUUCGCCAUGUUGCCCAGGCUGGUCUUGAACUCCUGGGCUCAAGCGAUCCUCCCGCUUCAGCCUCCCUAAGUGCUGGGAUUGCAGGCGUGAGCCACUUUCCCAGCCUCUCUUGCUUUGCCUGCCCCGUUCUCUUAACUCUUGGACCCUCCUCGUCUGCAUGGUAACUCCGUCUGAGUCUACCAUUUUCUUGCUCUCCCUCCUUCCUUGGGCCUGCCUCAGUUCCCUUUGGCCUCCCCCUUUACCCAGCUUUUGGGGUGUCUCUGUUUUUUCCAUCCCCACUUCCUGCCUUCUCGUGGCCCUGUGUGAGCGCAUGUGUACAUCUCAGCCGUAUCUCCAGGAGGUGACACCUUCUCUCCUUGUCCCCAUCUAGCCGUCUCUCUGUGCUUCCCUGGCCAGGGGCGUGCCUGCUGGUCCUAUGUGGGGAAGGCUACUCCGCAUCUCAGCCACCUUCCUCAGGCUCACUCCACCUACAUCCCCAGUCUGCCACACCCCAUCCCUUUGGGCCUCAGCCCUGUCCCUUUGAUGUCUUCCUUUCCUUCAGCCCCUCUGCCCUGUCCCUGCACACCUCCACUGCCUCCCAGCAGAUCUGUGGAGACAAAACAAGCAACACCUUAAAAGAGUUUUAUUUCUGAAAAUAAAUUAAUUUUUUGUAAAUAAAAUGUUUAAAAAUAAAAAAGAAACUAAAGUUA